AUAGGAGACAGAAGAGAGGCAGCUCAGCACCGCAGAACUCCUGCUCCAGCAUCCCCGGAGUUCAGGUGAGCCAUUUUCCUCACAAUUUCUACUGAGCAAGCCUGAAUAUAUAGCAAACAGCGGGAGUACAGCAGCUGCACUGUGUGUGAGCCAUGAGAGGAGGCUACAGGGAAGAUUCCAUGCAGCCAUUGCUUCAGAUAAUUGCCAACUUGAUGUACAGAAAAAGAAGAGCUUUUAGUUAAACUAGACAUCCAACAACUGGCUGGGAAUACUAAAAUGACAACCAGCUCACAAAAUGUGAAGAAUUUCUCAUUGGCCUCAUAUCGCCAGUGGAGCUCCACCACACAAGCGCAUUAGCAAAAUCACAGAGCAAGGAGGUGAAUGAGCGGAAGAGAGAGACCAAUGCAAUAAAAGCAAAACUAGAAAACUGGACCACAGAACACUGUCAGAACGGAGUUAACCCUUUGAAUGUCUGAUUUAAGUCAAGGAUACAAUGCCCAUAGUAAAAUAGGAAAAGACAAAAAACCUAAGUACCUAUAUAAAUGAUCAAAUAAACAAAACCUCUUUUCUUUAAUGUUUCUGUAUCUCAAGGGGGCAGUGGAGACAAAUCAACCAAGCAGUGUCUAUAUUAGAUGCCACUUAAAAAUACAGGAUUUAUUGCUUACAAACUUAUCAUUUAUUGAAAAUAGCAAUACAGCAUUCAAGUGGCUGUUUAGUUGACCUGUAUCUGAAGACAGAUCUCGAACCUCUUAGAAUAAUAUUAUUUUCAAGCUGCUUACUUUCUUUUGUCAGUUUAUCGAAGUGUUUUCCUUGAUGCCCUGCCAGCCACUCAGUGCCUAUUUUUGUGGAAACCUGUCCCUUCAGACUUUAAAUAAUAAAAUGAACAGGAAGGGGAUUUUACUGUCUGUGCACUGCUCUGAACUUGUAGAAUAAAGUGAAAUUCCUGAAAGCGACCUUGCAGUAUACAGAAACACAGGAAGUUUUAAAAGUGCUUUGCAUUUACUGGAGCUAGCUCAGUCUCCAGCUUUACUGUGAGUGCUGCAGAAAAAGAAACAUUCUAAUAGAGAGAAGAGACAGGUUUAUGAAAAUGGCAGCUACUGGAUUAAGGAAAAAGAAAUGAAGAAAAAUAUCCGCAGUUGAGAAACAGUGGAACAGAUGUAGCUUUUACUGGACCCACAAGUGAGCAGAUCAUUGUUGAGCAAUAUCUUUGGCCACUUUCCAAGGGAAAUGGUACAAAGUGCAGUCUCAGGGUUCUUAGGGGAGGUCUUGUAAUUUCAAAAAAGACAAGCUUGAUGAUUUGAAAGUAUUGCUUGUAUUUUAUUGUUGUGGAUCAACACAGUCCAUCAAUAAGAGAACAGUAAAUACCUGCAAAGAAAACCCCUCUUGAAGGAAGUGCCCUAUGAUGUGGAAGCUUGACUCUUUGGAGCAUCAGACCAGAGCAGAGGGGUCUUCAGAACCUGGACUUGCAUUGAGUGACAACAUCCAACCAUUUUUGAAUACAGAGGUCAGCCCUUCUGGGAUUAAUACAGAGAUGAAAAAAACAGGCCAAGUCUUUGCUCAGCCCCAGUCAAGGAGUUGGGCUUCGAUGGACCAAAAUCAACAGGGAGAUGUGAAGGAGGAAAAAAGAACACAGCAGCCAGUGAGGCGAGGAAUGAGUUGGGCAGGCCCCGAGCCAGGAGCUGAGCACUGGAACUCAAAGAGCCUCAGCCAAAGGAGGGAGAGGCCUGUCUGCCCUAUAUCAGACUCGGAGCUACCUCUGGAAGGGGAAUUGGGAGGAGCAGGCAGUGCCCCAGACUGGGAGAGGUCAGGAGAGGAGUGGAAGGUGGUGAAAGUGAAGCCCGUGAUGAUCACCAGCGCCACGCCACAGGCCAGAAAAACAACUCCAGUGCCAGGUGGAAACACUACAGAGGUCAAAGGCUUCACAUCCCAUUGGAAAGCCACUGAGCCACCAAGCCUACCCCACAAAUCUGAGCUGCAAACCCUGCCCAGCCACCACUCCUCAGAUCUUUCCAGAAGUGCCAGCUUCUCAGAAAAAGAGCUGAAGGAAGCAAGAGACAGAAGUCAAAUAAUAGCUUCCCAGCUGACCACCCCACCCAACGCCAAUUCCAGAGGGGUGCAACUCUUCAACAGACGCAAGCAUCGGGUGAACGCCUUCACCCUGGUCAGCUUUGGCAAAGGAGCCAGACAGGGGCCUCUUGACAAGGACACCAAAACAUGUGAGGGAACGUUCACUGAUAAACGGAACCCAGACCCAAGCAGCAGCUGCACAUCAAAGUCCCUGAAGUACAGGUCAGUGUAUCCAAAACACAGGGAUACCAGAGACAAGAUCAUGGAGGAGCAAGUUGAGAGCAUCCAUGAAGCAGACACAGACGACAGUAGUUUAGAAAUUCCUGAAGUGCAGGUUAGGAAACGGCUGGCUGAAGACCUGAGAUCUGAGACUGUUGCAGUGGCUUUGACCCAGGAGCUGAAAGAAGAGCCUCCAAAUGAGAUUUUUAACUAUGCUAGGAAGGAUCGGCCAACCCACGGUCUUCUGGAAGCUGAGAAAAAUGGGCCAAGCUACUUGGUCAUAACUGGCGAAGAACAAAAUAGAGUUCCAAGUGCAGAGAGCGGUAGAGAAAUCUCAGUGUCCCUGAGUAAACAACCGCCCACUAUAGUCAACAGAACAGCAAGGCCGUUCGGGUCCCCUGCCUUGGUAAGCGUGCAAGAGACAAGAAGUCCUGUGUCUCCACCACCAGCCUUUUCAACUCCCCCACAGCCAUCCCUUCCAAUUCCUCAGACACCAUCAUUUCCAAAUCAUCCACCAGUGUCCCACGUCAUCUCUCCAUUUUCUUCUCCUUAUGUGCCACAGUAUGUAGCAAGCGCAGACCAAAGACCAGCCUAUGAGCCAUGGUAUAGCAAUGAAGAGAGACAGCAGGUGCCCAUGCAGAAGACUGGCAUACUAGAAGAAGGUAAGACACGGAGGGCAUCCAGGAAGUCCAUGUUCACAUUUCAAGAGAAGCCCAAGGUCAAUCCAAACCCUGAGUUGCUGUCCCUGGUGCAAGGUGUAGACGAGAAGAAAAAGCACCAACAGCCAGGAGAACAGACACACGACGAGGAACUUCUAGCCCUAGGGGCCGAAGCGUCAAACUUCCUGACUAAAGCAAAUUCAGAGGACUCCAAGGCACCUGAAUGGUCAUCAUGCUUGAAGAGCUCUGGAUCAAGGGUUAGGUCUGAACCCAAGCCAGCUCAAGGGCUGACCAAUGUUGCAGGGAAAGGGGCAGAGCUGUUUGCCAAACGGCAGUCCAGAAUGGAAAAGUAUGUGGUAGAAUCCCCACCAGUUCUAGGAGGCGCUCUGAGGUCCCCCUCCCCAACCAUGUCCCUACCUCCUUCUUGGACAUUUGCAUCUAAUGUGCCAGGGCGGGUGAGAGCUAUGGCUGACUCUGCUAACAUCACUGCUAAUCCUUCCAGGAGCUCCAAACAGCAACCAUCUGGCUCUUUUGCAGAUCAAGAAAGCCCAGUCAUUGAAAACGGAAGUUCCAAGAAAGAGAUGGACAUUGCAAAGCACCAGCCUUAUCAGCUGAACUCCUCUCUCUUCAUCUUCUCCCCGAGCAAAGACCCCAUGAGGUCCUUACCCAGGGCUGCACCCCCUCCCAAACCCAUGGUCCUAGACGGAGCUAACACCAGGCAGAGCUCCCUACCCUUCUCCCCUCCUCCUGUAUCCCCACUGUUCGAUAGUCCAACACCCUUCAGAGCCACCAAGUGCCUUUCCUCUCAGGUGCCACCAAGCCCAGUCAAUGGACUAGGAACACAGUUCAGACCGAGCCUUGGAACUCCUCUGGAGGUGGUUGAGGCUCCUCCAGCCUCCCCAGCUUCAUCUCUGCAGCCGGGCCGUGUCCCCUCACCACGUCCUGGCAUCCAGGCUCCGAGACCCACAUUUUGUGCCAAGAAGGCAGGGAUCGAACCCCAGGCCCGGAAGGAGUCCCUCUCAGUCGCUAGUACCUGGACACCCCGUCAGUCAAGACCCCCGAGCACCCCGGACAGAGGUACAGGUGUGUCGAAGGCACAACCAGCUGCUGAAGUCCCUGUGUCCUCCCCACGGGCCCGCUAUCCAUCGUCAGGCUCGUCUCCUCUCUCCCCUCCGUGGGAUCAGCGGAGCCAGUCCUCCAUCGGCCAGGACAUCAAAGCCAGUCGGCGCAUGCUAGCCAAGAACAUCAUCAACGCUGCCAGGAGGAAGAACACCACAUCACCCAGGGGAUUGGACGAGCAAGAGGCGUCCAUGUCUCCUACAAGCAGCUCCUUCUUACACCAUGGACAGCAGCCCUCCAGCCCCUUGUCCUUUCAAGCCAGGACUUUAGUAAACCAUUCUCCAACAUUCCGGAGUCCACCAGAGACCCCCACUAGGAUGAUCAGGUCGCCCGUGCAUUUGUAUGCCACCCGGUCACUGACGGAUUCAGAUGCCUCAGGAGAUUCUGAAGACUCUGGGUUAAGAUCCCCCAGCUCUGGCCUGAAGUCCCCAGGUGCCCGGAGCUACAACACCUGCCCCCGAGGCUGGAACGGAAGCCUGCGGCUAAAGAGGGACGGCAUCUCUGCAGAACUGUGAAACAGCAGAGCUCCAGGGUGACUCCUACAGGACAGGCCUAGAAUGAUGUCGCUGCUGGGAAGUGCUUUUAAUGGCUGAAACAAAACGGCUUCACUAGGAAACAUUCCAUUGACCAAAACAAAGAGGGCACCAAUAGAUUGCACUCUGUUGAACUAAAUGAACACAACAUUCCUGAGGAAAUUUCCAGCGACCAAAGAUAACCGUGUUUUCUCAACAAGUAUAAUUUGUUAGUCCCAGAGUUCUAAAGAUGUAUUGGAUUUUGGAAAACUUUUUUUCCCAGUUAUUAUUCCUCUUUGUUUUCAUUUUUUUUAGUUUUUUUAGCCAGUAAAAAAACAGUUUUCACCAGUAGAGGAAAGACACCCAGAGAAUUUAUUUAUGUAACCCAAGAAGAUAAUGUUGAGAACUGUAUCUGUAUGCCCCAAUUUAGCACUUUGCUGAUAAAUCAGGAGCCGGCCUGAAUGAUUUUGGAAGAGCUAGAAGGACAAAGCUCAACAUUCACAGAAAUAGAUGGACUGUCGUUUGAUGCUGGAUAUCAGUUGAAAUGAACACAGUCAAGCAGUCAGUGCCACUCUGGAAGACACAGGGCAGGCUGCAGUCAGUCAGACAUUUGGAUCCUGUUUUUUGGAGAACAUAAUUGCACUUUGAUGUUUUGCUAAUUUACUUUUAGUGGCUCUUUAGACCUCAAAGUGGAGUUAAUGAUAACUGAGUUACUUACCAAAUUAAAUUUGGUUGGUUUGUGGAUUUGCGAAACAAACACCCAACAGCAUCCAGUUUAAGAAAAAUGCAUAGCCAGUGUUCAGCUGUCGCAAACAACACGUUUGAUCUUAGAGGUUGAAGACAAAGCGAUACUUGCCAUGUGACAUUCCUGUAUAUAUUCUGUUUUGACAGAGGGAUUUCGAUAGCAGAUUGAAAGUCUGGAAUCAGACUCUUUGUAAACCGAAGUCAACCUUAUGUGAAGGGAAUAUAAUGUUAGUAUUUUGAUUCGCAAAAGGUCAGCGAUUAUAAAUUGGACCCACAAAGAGGCAGAGAGGAGGUUGUGAUGUCACAUUGGACUGCUCAAGAAGAGGCAGAGACUAGAGAAGGUUGUAGUGUCACAUAGGACUGCCUAAGAAGAGGCAGAGACUAGAGGAGGUUGUGGUGUCACAUAGGACUGCCUAAGAAGAGGCAGAGACUAGAGGAGGUUGUAGUGUCACAUAGGACUGCCUAAGAAGAGGCAGAGACUAGAGGAGGUUGUGGUGUCACAAAGGACUGCUCAAGAUGUUCACAAUAUUUCUGGUGUCACAGGAAAUAAGUUAAUGUUUGCCUUUUUGAGCCUUUGUGCGCAUGUGCAAAUUUUAGAAUUUAAAGG